GGUCGUUUACAUAACGUUUGUUGGUCGUUACGGUGAAUAUCAUCAUCGAUUUUGUUAUAAUUAAUAAGUGUAAAUUUGAAUUGGAAUUAUAAAGGAACGACCGAGUGGAACUUUGGAGCAAACAAAAGUGAGAUUUAUCCUAAAAAAAAAUAUAUUUUUAGAUUUAUUUUUAAAAGAAUAUAUUUGGUCGGCAAGACUGAAUUUUUAGCCUCUGCGUGUUUUACGUUUUAAUUUUUUUUAUUAUUAUUAUUACCAUUUUAAUUGUUAUUUAAAGAAGAGGAAAAAAAGACAAUGAAGAGGAAAAUAAUGCAAGAAGAAGAGACGCCGAAACUGAAGAGAAAAAGGGAGAGAGAAAAUGACAAUAAUAACGAGAAUGAAAAUGAUUAUGGAGAGGAAUUUUUUGAACAAGAACUGAACGUCGCUGAGAAUCACGUUCGUAUACAGUAUGUCGACGCCCACGGAGGAGGAUCUGCGAGCACGCCUCAGCCAUUGUACCUGACUCCUCACGCCCAUUCUCACGCCCACCCCUACGCCCGUGCCCCCCCGGACUCCCCCUGGCCGGACACGCCACGCCCCAACGAGACUCUGAACAAUGUCCUUUAUCACCACCCGCGUUUCGCACACCCAAGUCACCACCCGCUUCCUUCUCCUCACUUUCCAGUCGACGCCACCUUCUCUCCUCUUCUUCCUCCUCCUCCUCCUCCUCCUCACCAUCCUCACCAUCUUGAAAUGGCUCGUGGAGGUAUGGUGAUGAGUCCGGCUAAUUCCUCGGAUCCGUUUGUUCCUCGGCAUCAUCAGCCUCAUCACCACGUGGCCUUCGAUCACGCCGCCGCCGGGGUCCGUGUCGCUUCGGGGAGCCAUUAUAUCCCGGGUGAUGAUGCGGUGGCUAGUUAUCACGGGCCGCGGUAUGUGGCGGGGUACCGGAGGGAUGACUUGGCCGGUUACCCUAGCCCGGGUCCUGAGGUAAUGGCGAAUCACCAGAUGCCUUCGGUAGACGUGAUUGGGCAUUUCGCUACUGGGCUUGGCGAGGCCACCUCCAGGCACGACAGGGCGUCAGAUAAUGUUGUAGCUAGUGAUUGGAAUCCACCCGGUUUCGUAAUAACCAGUCAGCACAAUUCACACGAUGAAAUCCUACCCAGUCGAUGUAGUCCACACGAUGAAAUUGUAGCCAUGCAACACAAUUCACCUUAUGAAGUCGCAGCCAAUCACCACAGCCCAUCCGAUAACGUCUCAGCUAAUCAGUACAGUACAGAAUACGAAACAGUCGGUCAGCACAAUCCACCUCAUGAAACAACCAAUCAACACAGCCCAUCUGAUGAAACUCCAGCCAAUCAGCACAGCCCGUCUGAUGAAUUCUCAGCCAAUCAUCAUAAUCCGUCUGAAGAAGUCUCGGACAGUCAGUACAGUUCAGUAUUUGAAACCGCCAGUCAGCACAAUGCCUCUGAUGAAACAUCCAAUCAGAACAGUCUACCCGAUGACUCUGCAGCCAAUCAGCACAUUCUACCUCAUGAAAUAGCAGCCAAUCAACACACUCCAUCCGCUGAGACCCCAGCCAAUCAGCGCAGUCCAUCCUACGAAAUCCCAGCCAAUGACGUCACUCCUUCCGACGAACCAACCAAUCAAGACGAAGCCAGCGAUGACGUCACGCAAACACCCCCACGACGCGACACGAGUUCGCCGGAAACUGACCCUUUGAAGAGUGAAUUUGACCCCAAUCAAGGUCAAGGCGAGAAUUCGGGGGAAGACAGUGAGAACAAUCAAGAGAAGCCUUUCGCGUUCAGCCAUUACCUGUACAAUUAUCUCAGAUCCGUGAAGAACAUUCCCCCGUGUGAGAGCCAGCAGAACGAGACCGACAGCUUAGCCUGGAGUUCGGACGCCUAUACCCCGCCCGAGAGCCCCUCGACCACGCCCAUUCCUUCGCCAGCUCCCACGCCCGCGGUCUCGCCUUCCCCCGCCCCCACGCCCACGCCGCCCGAGAGCCCCCUCUGCACCCUCGCCCCCCUCGGCGCCCACGAGAGCCGGUUGGCGUGGGCGGAGUUUGGCGGCGGGAGAGGAGCAAGGGAGGAGCGCAUUCUGCCUUCCGAUCUCGACUUUUUGGACAUGGCGGAUGCGCACUUGUUCGGACUCCACGAAGCCAGCGGCGACCCGCAGUUGAUUCACGCCCCGCAGUUGAUUCACGCUCACCUCGGCACGGAGGCCCCCCCCGACCCCGGGCGCCCCUAUCCUGGCACGGACGAGCUUCCCCUCAACCUAGACAUCCCUUUCCCCUCAGGGUAUGGGCGGCCGGGCACGAUUUUCCCCUCGGGCGUCGAACCCCUCCACCCGCCGCCGCCCGCUCCAGCCAUGUCGCCGGGCACGCAGGUCGUCCACGCCUUCAUGACGGGCACGUGUCCCCUUCCGCCGCCGCCUCACGCCCACCCGCACCCCUACCCGCACGCCCACCCCCACCCGCACGCCCACCCCCACCCGCACGCCCACCCGCACGCCCACGCCUUCUCCCUCGCCUCCGACCUGAUGAUCCCCGUGCCCAUGGUGUCGCCCACCAUGGCUUCUGAAGCGGCUCUGCUCGGCUACGUGCCCGGUGCCCAGUACGCCUGCCCCAAGUGCUCGCUGGUGUUCGAUUCCGCCCACGAUCUGAGCACCCACAACGCCACCCACGCCCUCGACGCCGCCCACGCCCUGGACGCCGCCCUUGGGAGCUCGGAGGCGGAGACGGAGGCGCCCUCGAUGAUCACGAUUCACAUCCCGCCCUUCGCCAGCCCCGGCACGCCCGCCAGGCCCGGCACGCCCACGGCCGCCCACCGCGCGCUCAAGAGGAAGCGCCGUGACCCCGCCGUGACCCCGCGUGCCCAGGGCCGUGACCGCGACCGCCUCUACCAGUGCUGGGAGUGCGGGGGAAGCUUCACCACCUCGGGCCAUCUCAAAAGACACAUGGAGGCCCACGGAGCGGACCGACGCCACAAGUGCGACCAGUGCUCAGCCUCAUACUCCCGGCAGGAUAACCUCCUGAAGCAUCUCGAGGUCCAUAGUAACGGGGGCGUCCUCAUCUCCAGGUAGUUGGCACUUGCGUGUGCUCGCUCGCUCGCUCUUAUGCUGACUCGCACGCGCGCUUUGGUCAUUCAGGCUACUAGCUCACUCGUUUACACGCUCAUUCAUUCACUCACUCACGCUCAUGUGUAAGCUCACUCGCUUACAAACAUUCUUACUCAGAGACACUCUUACUCGUAGAUCCCUACUCAUAAACACUCGUAGAAACUCUUACUCGUAGAAACUCGUAUUACUUAUAUACGCCCUUACUCAUAGACACUCAGGCAUCGUAUUCUAAACACUCUUACUCUUAGAUACUUACUCAUAAACACUCUUACUCGUAGACACUUACUCAUAAAAACUCUUACUCGUAGACACUUACUCAUAAAAACUCUUACUCGUAGACACUUACUCAUAAAAACUCUUACUCGUAGACACUUACUCAUAAACGCUCUUACUCGUAGACACUCAUAAAAACUCUUACUCGUAGACACGUACUCAUAAACACUCUUACUCGUAGACACUUACUCAUAAACGCUCUUACUCGUAGACACGUACUCAUAAAAACUCUUACUCGUAGACACUUACUCAUAAACGCUCUUACUCGUAGACACUUACUCAUAAAAACUCUUACUCGUAGACACGUACUCAUAAACACUCUUACUCGUAGACACUUACUCAUAAACGCUCUUACUCGUAGACACUUACUCAUAAACGCUCUUACUCGUAGACACUUACUCAUAAACAUUCUUACUCGACACUCUUAUACACUAGCAUCUUACUCUUAUGCGCUCUUACUCAUAAACACUUAUUCAUAGACACCUUUACUCAUAAAAACACUUACUCAUAAAAACACUUACUCAUAAAAACACUUAUUCAUAAACACUUACGAAUAAAAACACUUACUCAUAAAAACACUUAUUCAUAAACACUUACUCAUAAAACACUCCUAAACACUUACUCAUAAAAACACUCCUAAACACUUACUCAUAAACUCAAGUAACGUAUUUUAACGACCAACACAACGUAUUUUUCCACCGACGUUUAUAUCUUACCCUUUCAAUCUUUUUUAUUUCGUAUUUUUUUAAAAUUUGGAUUCGAUUCGUUUUCAAAUUUUAUCAUUUUAUUAAUGGAUGCUUAUGAGAUUUAAUGAUUCUUUUUUUUUUUUUUUUUUUUUAGCGUUCUUUUUAGCGUCUAUUAUUUGUAAACUUCAGUCCUGUCAAUCAAAUUUAUUGUGAAUGUAUAAAUACUCUCCUGAAUAUAUUAUGUCAGAUUCAUUAUUUCAUGCUGAAAUUAUAUUGAUAAUUUUAAAACUAGAUUUGUAAUUAAACCCGAUAA